AUGUCGCACCCUAUAAUCUUCAAUACCAGCCUCGGCCUGGGAAUAAUGCUCAUCUCACUCGGCACAAACGCCACCCUACGCCCCCAAGCUCACCUCAGAAGCCUUGGUUUCCCCGUACCUAGCGAGCCCCAGGCUAAAACUUUCAGCCAUGCGCUCAUGCGUAUCUGGGGCGUGCGGAACAUAUCCGUCGGCCUCCUCGUCUCCCUCCUGUGGUCGACUGGUGAUGAGAAACUAUUGGCCAAAGGGUUGUGUGCAGCCCUAACACUACCUGUCACCGAUGGCUUCGUUAGCCGAUUGGUUAUCGGAGGCGGCGAGACACAACACUGGGUCUUUCCGCCUAUACUAGUGGCUAUGAUUGCUGGUUUGUUCGGAUAUUUCUAG